AUGGGAAACAUCGGGCUAAGGCAGCGAGGCCAUGGAGUUCAGAAAGUCGGCACAGCACUUGCGGCGCUUUUUCCAUGGGCCUCUGCAUGUUUCACUGAGCCCUUUCAGCCGCUGGGUGGCCGCGCCACUCAGGGCGAUACGGCGCAGGGCCCGAAGGCGCUAAAACGGCGACGGUCGACAGGUUUCAACCAGCGGGCACGGCCAUCUUUUAGCCGCCGUUGGCUCCCGGGAGGGGGAACGGCGCCGGUGAUGGGACCGACGCGUGAUGGUUCCUGGCCUGAACCUGGAACUCCCUUCGUCUCGUUCUCACACCUCGUUAUUAAUCCGGAGAGGGGACCUGCUAGUCUCAUUAAAUUGUCCACUAGUAAGUCCAUUCAACUCAACCCUUUACCAUGGAACCUUCCCCCGGACCACCAUCUCCGCCCGUCGGGUGUUCCCAGCUUCCCGUUCCCUGAAGCUUCCGACUUCACACAAUGGUCUAGUCCUUUCCCCGAGCAAUGCUGUUUUCUAGCGGCUUCUUUCGCUUCUAUCAAGCAAGGGGGCGAGGAAGGAUUCGGAUCAUUUCAAUUGGAAAGCAGAUGUGGCUGCCCAAGUCAAGAUCUCCCGAGGAAGGGAAUGUUAAAAGGCGAUCUCCGAGGGGAAGCAGAAGUUGCAGCAGCGGGAAACAACCAUGAAAUUCCGGGGGGGUCAUGUGGCCUGGGGAACAUAACCAGAAAUCCACAGGAAAGAACAGAAAAAGAAUGCAGCAACGACUUGGCAGGCCCGCUUCUUUUGCCCCCCAAGAAUGGACAAAAACUCACUUUGUUCCUGACGUCGCCUCUUAUCGCCUCUUUUCCUUCCACGUUCCUCCAGAGCUCGUCACGGGACGGUUCGGUCUCAAUCAAUAGUGCCUUGGCCACGGCUCUUGGUUGCUGA